AUGUCCGUCAAUGUAGAAGCAACAUUAUUAGAUGUAUCUUUGUCUAAUCCUCAUUCACAAGCACAAGCUAAACUUGCGGAUGAUACAAAUCUAAAUCAAGAAAAAAAUACAGAAGAAGAACCUGAAUCUUCUUCUUCUUCUUCUAUAGUUAUUCAACCAACGCAAGACGCUAUUCAUAGAGAAGUACCAAAUGAAAAACUUGAUGAUUCUCUUCAAGGUUCCUCAUCAAAAGAUGAAAAAUUACAAGAAACUUAUCGACCGCCAGAAGGUAAAUGGCCACGAAAAUCAAUCAGCAUUGUGUGCCCAAAUUGUCAGGCAUUAGCAUAUACACAGAUCAAAGUAUCCACUACUCCACUGACUAUUCUUAUUGGUAUUGCUCAAUUUUUCUUCGAGUUUUCUCUUCUUUUUAUUCCCAUUUGUGCUCCGCCUUGUAAACAAAUUAAUCACUAUUGUCCCAAUUGUCAUUCUUUUUUAGGCGAAGCACCUGUGCUUCAAUAA